AUGGACGUGAAGCGGAACGAGCUCCUGCGACUCGUAGUGGCGCUUAGUAGCGCCUGCAAGAAGGACAGCAACGUGCUGAAGGACAGUGCGCUCGUGGACGCGCUCGAGGCGCACGGCCGGCAGAUUGCGCGAGUUCGUGAGGAGCAAAAGACAGUGACGACUGUCGAUUUGGAGCUGCUGAGUGUGUCGCCAGUGGCUGGACGUAGUAGUAGUGCCGAGACGGCUGAGCACGUCAAGCAGCAGGUGGUGGCUGGAGAGAGGAUGAAAGCUGCAGACAGCGUGUCGAAGCGCCGAAAACUGUCGCUAAGGACAGCCAGCGCGACGAAGAGCUACGAUCAGAUUGACGCUCUGGACGGCAGCAGUCGCGACGCAUGUGAGACGUCGCGUCGGAGCCCAUCCAUUGCACGUCUGCAGGAACCCGAGCGAGAGUCCAUGGACGAGUGGAUUCUGUCUUUGCAGAGCAAAGAGAAGACGACGAUGAUGGACCCGGUUGAUGCCGUGGCCCGCAAAGGUUCCACGGCUCCAACGACAGUGGAGGUCAUGGUCGGAGUGAGCGAUGAGGCGGUCAUGGUGAAGCCAGGCAAGGUGCACCAGUACAGCCAGGUCCGCCGCUACAUGUCCCCGCAGCCAAAGACAUCACCUGCUGUGCGUCCUGCUUCGCCACUCAAGCAGUUGUAUCGUGCAGCUUCUCCGACCACAGUGGACCUGACGGCGUCCUCGGCUUCGACUAUGGCUUCGUACUACGAUGACAUGCACGACGAGUACGCAAUGUGUCCCGAGACGACGCAGCGGAGCGCUCGUUCGGUCUUUGAUCGCACACCGUCCUUCGACACGAUGGACUGGAUGCCGUCCUACGACGACUACAGUGACGAGCCCACGUCGUUCCGAAGCAUUGCGGGCGAUGCUGCACAGCGGUCGCCUGUGUCCAGAUCGGCCACUUACCAGCGAUCAGGCCGCGCUGUCGACGCGCAGCUCAAUGUCUUCGAUCUGCGUUCCGAAAGCAGUGCCAAUGUCUGCAAUGCUGCAACGGAAGGACCAUCUGCCGUUAACACGUCACCGCGUGUCAACGUUUUGAAACGAAAAAGCAAACAGCAUGUUGUGCUGAGCUCGACCGAAGUCGUGAUGGAGGUCUUGUACGGGAUCAUGGAGCACAAUGAGAAGUUCACGUGGCUGAUUGACCCAGUGAACCAGGCUCGAGUGGCUUCGCUGGUCGAGUACCACCUGAGGGAACGGCGCAAUGGUGACAUGUCAAUGUAUGAAGACGGGCAGCAGCUCGUUGAUGACCUCCGCGCCCAAGUAGACGAGCUGAUCCACGAGAAUCUCAAGAUCAAGACGGAGAAUGUCCAGCUCACGAAGAAAGUGUCACAAUCUGUGGCCGUCGACAGGAGCGUCGAAGACCUCAGGAGACGUCUUGCGGUAAGUGAGGAGUCUAUCAGUGUGCGCGAGAGACAUUAUCGUGACUCUGAAGCGACCUUUCGAAGCGAGCUUGAAAGCAAGUCGAAGCUUAUGACUCGCCUUCAGCAUGACCUCGAAGCGAAGGACUCUCAGAUCGCCUUGCUGCUAGAGAAUGGUGCUGAGACGUCUGCGAACAGCGGCGAUGAUGGCAGUGAAGUCUUUCGACUCGAAGAGGCGGUCUCGGAGAAGGACCGCGAGAUAUGCCGUCUCAACCUUCAGCUGUCCACGAAACGGGAGCUCAUUGCCGAAAUCGCCGAAAAAGUUGCACGGCAUCUGGAAACGACGCUAGACGUGUCGUCGAAGGAGGCAUUGGCGACAUUGGUACAGGGUCUGCGUCUCGACAUGGACAUGCUCCUGUUCCUGAGUGUAGCGGAGAAGCAGAAGGUGAUUGACGAGCUGAGGACGGCUCUGUUGUCUGUGCAGCGCGAAGUGAGCGAACUUGAAGCGCGGUUGGCCAAGAAGGAGCGUGACGCGCUACAGCUCAAGACGAAGUUCCAGUCGAUGUCUUCGCGCCUGACUGCAGCCAACGUGAACAUGUCGCGCAUACAGACUGAGAACGACCGUCUGGUGACGCUGUUGAGGGAGAAGCAGGGGAAGAUGCACGACCUCAUUGAGUUUCUCGAGGGAAAGGAGAAGCAAGUCAUGCGCUUGGAAGAGCGAGCGAGUUUGCACCAGAAGACGCAAUUGGAACACGUUGUCAGGGGAUACGACAAGCUGCAGUGCUAA